CCUAACCUGCCGCCGAUACCGCUGCCGAUCCCGAUCCCGAUCGCGAUCUCGCUGCUCGUCGCUCCUGCUCCCGCUACCGCUGCUCGCCGCUGUCGCUGCUCGCGCCUCCCGCGAGCCUUCCCGCUGCUCGCCGCUGUCGCUGCUCGCGCCUCCCGCGAGCCUUCUCGCUGCUCGCGCCUCCCGCGAGCCUUCUCGCUGCUCGCGCCUCCCGCGAGCCUUCCCGUUGCUCGCGCCUCUCUCGAGCCCUCCCGCUGCUCCCGCCUCCCGCGAGCCCUCUCGCUGCUCGCGCCUCCCGCGAGCCCUCUCGCUGCUCGCGCCUCCUGCGAGCCCUCCCGCAAGCCUUCCCGCUGCUCGCGCCUCCCUCGAGCCCUCCCGCUGCUCGCGCCUCCCGCGAGCCCUCUCGCUGCUCGUGCCUUCCGCUCCCUUUCCCUUUCCCGCUGUCGCUGCCGUCGCUCGCCGCUGCUGUUGCCGCCGCUCGCCGCUGCUGUUGCCGCCGCUCGCCGCUGUUGCUGCCGCCGCUCGCCGCUGCUUCCUCGAUGAUUAAUUUGUUGUUAAUAGAUUAAUAAUAUAUUAUUUUGAUUUUAAUGUUGUUAAUUUUUAUUUAUUUGAAAUUAUUAAUUAUAUUAUAUAUUUUUAUAUUUUAGCGCCUCGCUUCGCUCGGGCGAGCGCCUAGCGCCUCGGGCGUUUGUGGACCUUGGCGCCUAGCGCUUUUUAAAUCACUGGUUGACGUAUACAAGAACCCAAAUCCAGCCGCGAAGUGUGUCGAAGCGCGACCAAAAUGUCGCUUUGGGCAUUCCUGUUGUCGACCUUAACCUCUUCCCUUCUGUCCCUAUUGGUCUUCUCCGCCGCCGCAGCGGUGAUCUCGGGACGACGGGGGAGGCGGAGGGCGGCGGGUUUCUUCCAUCCCUACACCAUUGACGGCGGCGGCGGGGAGAGGGUCCUGUGGUGCGCCGUCAAGGCCGUGCAGGAGGAGAACCCCGAUCUCGACUGCGCCGUCUUCACUGGUGACGACGCCUCCCCUCAGAGCCUGUCCGCCCGCGCCCUCGAUCGGUUCGGUGUCAAGCUGCUUCGCCCCCCUCAGGUUGUCCGUUUGUAUAGAAGGAAGUGGAUUGAAGAACACACAUAUCCUCAUUUUACUAUGAUUGGACAAAGUCUUGGUUCAGUGUAUCUUUCAUGGGAAGCUCUCCGCAAAUUCACGCCUCAGUUCUAUUUUGAUACUAGUGGCUAUGCUUUUACAUACCCGCUUGCUCGGAUUUUUGGGUGUAAAGUUAUUUGCUAUACUCAUUAUCCAACCAUCAGUUCGGAUAUGGUUUCUCGUGUUCUCCAGCAAAGCUCAAUGUAUAAUAAUGAUGCUCUAAUUGCCAGCAGCAUGCUGCUAUCCCGGUGUAAGGUUGUGUACUAUACAUUAUUCAGUUGGUUGUAUGGGUUGGUGGGAUCUUCUGCACAUCUUGCAAUGGUGAACUCCUCAUGGACCAGAUCACAUAUAGAGGGUCUGUGGAAGAUUCCUCGACGCAUUAAGAGAGUAUACCCUCCCUGUGAUACUUCAUCUCUUCAGUUGCUUCCACUGGAAAGGCCAGUUAGAAGUCCUGUGAUUAUAUCCGUUGCCCAAUUUCGCCCGGAGAAGGCCCAUGGCCUUCAGCUGGAGGCAUUUGCACUUGCUGUUAGAAGACUGGACCAGGACUUGCCUAGACCAAAGCUCCUAUUUGUGGGUAGUUGUCGAAAUAAGCAGGAUGAAGAAAGAUUGCAGAAGCUCAAACACAGAUCCAAGGAACUAAGUAUUGAUGACUAUGUGGAGUUCCACAGGGAUGUUAUGUAUAGGGACCUAGUCCAGCUUCUGGGAGGUGCUGUUGCAGGACUCCACUCCAUGAUAGAUGAGCAUUUUGGAAUUAGCAUUGUAGAGUACAUGGCAGCCGGUGUGAUACCAAUUGCCCAUAAUUCAGCAGGUCCCAAGAUGGAUAUAGUGUUAAAUGAAGGCGGACAUCGAACAGGUUUUCUAGCUUCAAGCAAAGAGGAAUACGCUGAAGCUAUUCUCAAGGUACUUAAGAUGCCAGAGCCAGAAAGGCUUGCAAUAGCCGCAGCUGCUAGAAAGCGAGCUCAAAGGUUCUCAGAGCAAAAGUUCUUCGAGGACUUUGAGGCUGCAGUUCAGCCUAUCCUAGCACCCAAAGCUUCUUCAUGAACUCAGACCGAUUGGCUUAUGUGUUUUUACUUGGUUUUCUUUCCCAUAAGAGAGGUGUCUUAAAAUUGUGUCAUGGUCCACAUAUGAUAAUUAUGUUACAUAUGAUAAGUUAUCUUUUCUUUUGACAAAUCCUGUAACUUCAUAGUUAAACAUUGUAAUUGCCAUGACUAUUAGUUAAACAUUCUUAGCAAUUGGAAGUUA